UAAAGCACAAUUUAAUCCCGUGAUAUUCAACAACAACUUCUUACACUUCAUGCAGUUCCUUACACUUGCAGAGUAGUGCUAAUCAAGUUGGUAUAAUUAAUACGUCUUUUUUAUGUACAAAACUUUAUGUUAAACUGUAGUAUUUUUUCUAAUGCAUCUUAUUUAUUUUUAUAUAAAAACAUACUUUUCUUUGAUGGCAUUUUCCAAAAAUUAUUUGGCUCUAUCAAUAUAUCGAUUCUUAUUAUUUUUAAGUUAUUAAUGUUUUACUUUGACAUUUUUCUAAUUUCUAAAAUUUCUUUUAAAAAAAUUGUUAAUAUAUUGCAAAAUUACAAAAGGCAAUUACAAAGUUGUGUAAUAAAAGUACAAAAGAUACAGAUGUCAAGCUUUAUUGAAACUGUAGUCAUUACAAGAACAAUUUAGAAAUACUAGAGUAAUUUAGCAAUAUAUUUAUGAUUACGAAUAUCAUUUUGUAAACCUCUUGGAAGAAAUUUUAUCAGGAUCACUGUACGUAUGAUUUAUGGCUUAGUAAUGUUCACGUUGUAAAAAAUAUCGUGAUGAUUAUAAAAUAUAGGAAUAGGAUAUUUGAGUGAUAUAACUUACUUACACUUUGUUUUUAAUAUUAUUAUUAAUGUUGAAAAUAAAAACCAAAGGCAAGUUGCAUUUAGCGUUUAGUGUUGCCUGUACUUGUAAGUACCAUGUAGAAAUAAAGAGGAACGUGAUCUGCGUCGAGACUUAAUGCAAUUAGUUUACCCUAGUCUAGAUCCUAUCCAAUUAGAUCUGGAAAAUGGGAGCAGUGGGUGAUAUUGUGUUUUGCCGUAUUACUUUCACUGCCAUUGACUUUAGCAAUUGUCUCUCGUCCAUGUAUAUUUGUAAUUACCUUUACAUAAAAAGCAGUACAUAAUGCAGUGGUUUGUUCUACUCCUGUUUGUGCAGUGCAUAAUGUGGGGUGCAUCCGAGGAAUCAUCAUCGGGUGCGAUGGAAGGCAGCCCUCCUGAGACCGUGAUGCACACGAAAGAAACGUGUGAACAGAACAAGAAUCAACUGGAGUCCCUAAAGGAGAUCAUGCUGAAGAAUCAAGAAAGUUUAAAGAAGAAAGAGGAGGAGGUUCAGGAAUAUGCACGAAGAUUGUCCAAAAUUAAAUCUAGAGCCAAAUUUUCACGUCGGAGCAAAGAAGGAGCUUCGUCGUCUAAAGACACAAUACAUAAGGCUGAAUCUACAGCAAAGGAUACAACGGAUGACGCGAUCGACGACAUAAGUCAAGCAAAAACCCCGAAAGCGAAGUCUUCUUUACUUCAACGAAAAUUGGCGGAGAAUAGAAAGGCGUUCGAGCAACGUAGCAAAGAGCUAACGGAAACAAAACGGGCAGUGGAGGAGAAAGUGGAAGCUAUCAGGCAACAAUUGGAGGAAACGGAUUUAGCAGCAGUAGAACACAAAGAUCAAUUGGUCGUGACACCAAUAAAGCCUCUUAUGAUAACUUCGGAGGUGAUGUCGCCAAUUCAAAUACAAGAUGUUCACGAAAAGGAGAAAAAAAUCAUGGAACUCAAUAGCAAGAUUAUCGACUUGAAGGCUACUAUUCUGGACCUACAAGAAAAUUUAAAAGAAAAAGAUUCUGUGAUUGAUUCGAAAACGAAAGCGGUUACUCUCAUGUCCGCGGACUUAUCCAAGAAGGGUAAAACGACAUUGGAUACCCUCGAAGAUACGAAAGACGAGAUGCGAACGAUGCAAGAGAAUUUUGUCUUGUUGGAAACAUCGUUGAAAAAUAAAAAUGCCAGUCUACUGGAGCAGUUACAGGAAAGAGAUAACAAAAUAUUGGAAUUGGAAGGGACGAUCGACAGGUUUGAAGAGCAACUUAAAGAACAGAAGAUAGCUGAAUCGGCAAGCGUCGAUUUCUCGCGCUCCACUAUGGAUACUUUAGCAGAGACUAAAGAUGCAAUGAAAUCCAUGCAGGAAAAUUUUGUUCUCAUUGAAUCAUCGCUAAAGUUGAAGAAUGAUAAUCUUUUGCAGCAAUUGGGGGAGUACGAAGUAAAAUUAGCGGAAGCUAAGGAGAGGAUAUUUCAAUUAGAAUCGGGUGCUGGUAUAGUAACCACUCCGACAGUAGAAAAUUUACAGUUUAGAAUCGAGAAAUUGGAGCAGAGUAAUCGACAACUCUUGGACGAAAAGUAUGAAUUACAAAAAGACAUUGCCGAAUUACAGGAUAAAAUUAUCGUGAAUAAAUCGAUUAAUAGCAAUGAUGCGAUCAUCAAGAAAGACAACAGAAUAAAGGAACUUGAAAAUUUGGUAGAGGAACUUGAGCGAUCGAACGAGUUGCCGAUAGAAGAAUCAAAGAUCGAAUUACAGAAGCAAGUAGCUGAAAUGUCGUCCAAGAACGAGGAGUAUUCCAACAAGAUUAUCGAUCUCGAGAAGCAAAUAUACGAACUAAAAACCGAUAAGAGUGACGUAGCGGCGAAAUUGUCGAACGAGGGAACGGUGCCGAAGGAAGGAGAAACGGUGACCAAGUUAACGAAGGAACUGGAGGAAUUAAAUAAAAGCACGAUCAAAUUAAGAGCCCAGCACAGAAGCAAAGUGAAAAAUCUGCAGAAGCAACUGGAGAACUUCAAAAUGAUAUCUGAUACGAACGCGGAACUCGUUAGACUGGGCAACCAAGUGGCGUUAUUGGAGGAGGAGAAAGGUAACCUUCAGCUGAGUCUGGUAGACUUUGACGAGCUUAAAGCCUCGGCAGGAGAUUGGCAAGAGCGUACUGCUGACCUGGAAAAUAAAGUUUCUUCCCAAACGAAAGAGAUACAGGCACAUGUUGAUGCAAUCGCCACCUUAGAGAAUCAAAAGUUGGAUCUAAUGCAAGAACUUCACGCAGUAAAACAGGAAGUUUUGUCACUGGAGGCUGAGAACGCAGAGUCUGAGAAUCUCAGAGUAACUGCAGAGAUGAAGGUCGUCGAAUUGGAGGAGCAAUUGGAAGCUGUGCAUAAAGUACAGAGCGAGAAUAAACUCGAAUCUCUAGCCAAAUCCGAGUAUCAUGAGCUCGUCAAGAAGAUCGACGCUUUGACGCAGGAGAAUUCUGAAUUGUAUAGCAAGUUGAGCAAACUCGAGGAGAAGGGCACAUCGGAUACUGGCUCGACGGAAUCCUUCGAAACCAUCCAAGUGAACGACAGAAACGACCUAUUGAAGAAGAUCGAAGAUCUUGAGCAAAAGAAUAACGAGUUGACGCUCAAAUUGACGAAGCUGGAGGAGAAGGAUGGUUCACACGCCGGCUCCACGGAGUCCUUCGAAACGAUCAAUGAUACCGAUCGCAGCGAGCUACUGAAGAAGAUCGAACAGUUGACUCAAGAGAACAGCGAUUUGACGAUGAAGCUGAGUAGAGUCGAAGAAAAAGGCUCGUCUGACACAGGUUCGACAGAGUCGUUUGAGCGUAUCCCGGAGCAUAAUGACAACACGACGAAGAUCGAACUGCUUACUCAGGAAAAUAGCGAGCUUGUUAUCAAGCUUACGAAACUGGAAGAGCAUUUGAGUCAGAUCGAGAGUACUGCUCGACCGGACCUUUCUAAUAGCAGCUUACAGACACUUAAACAUGAUAAUGAUAAUAGUUUACAAUUGCGGAUCGAAACGCUCACGCGAGAGAACGACAACUUUAUGACCGAGAUCUUUAAACUCAGAACGCAAAUAGGGGAUGUCACCGAGGAUAACGGCAGAUUGGAGAAUCUUGUAGAGAGGUUGACGGCGGAGAAUACCGAACUGAUUGUAAAUCGCACGGAAUUGGAGAAGCGUCUCGAAGCGGAAUUAUCUCAUACGUCUCAGAUGUCGGUCCAGAUAAUCAAGUCUACCGAUCAAAUUAACGUUUUAACAGAGAGGCAGCAAGUCCUCGAAAAAGAACUGAUACAAAUGCGAGAAGCUUCGGUCGAACAAUCGAUCAACGUGACCUCGUGUGAGACCGAUGAUGCAAAAUCGAAAAUCGCAACAUUGGAAAAAGAAAACGCGCAGAUGAUAAUCACGAUUGCGCAGCUCGAAGAGUAUAUCAAGAAGAGGGACGCAGAGUUAGACACGGCCAUUCUAGAGAAGGAAGCGCUGAGCUCACGAGUAAGACGCAUGGUCCACGAUGAUUUCAGAGAUACAUCGGGGGGGUUGCGCGAAGAACGUGAAAGAUUUAGCCCGGAAAGAGAGGAGAGGAGAGAAAGGGAGAGUGUCGCCUACGAGAGGUCGUCGGACGAAAUUUCGGAAAGGGAGAAGGGGCAAAGAAGGGGAGAAGAAAGUACCGCUUGUCAGGAAUCGCAAACCGUGAUUAUAGCAUCCCUGGAGAAAGAAGUGGAGAACAGCAAAGUGUUAAUCACGGAGUACAAAAGUCAGAUAGAGGAGAUGAAUAUGAAACUACAGAGCAUGGAGGCACAGCUGCGGGAGAAAACCGAUCAGUUAUUGCGAUACGAGGCAUCAGGCAUAAAACUGGAGAAUUUGGAAAGCGAAUUGAGGGACAUGCUUCUUACUGCGGAAGAAUGGAAAUUCAAGUACGAUGACAUGCAAGCCAAGAUGCAGGCACUGGAACAAGGAAAAACGUCGAUAGAGGAAGCUUUUAAGGCAUUGGAAAGUGGUAACAAAGAAUUACUCCAAGUGAUAAAAGAGAAAGAUGCUGCAACUUCAACUCUGCACGAGCAACUUCAAAGCACGAUAGAUAUGCUUGAAAUAAAGUUGCAAGAUCAACUGGCUAAUGUAAGUGGGAAAGAAUGUGAAAUCGCGGAAUUAAAGAGGGAAAUUAAAAAGAAAGACGAAGAAUUACAUAAUAAAUACGUGCAACUGCAAAAUGGUAUGAUUACUGUAGACAGUUUGCAAGAUGAGUUAAAUAAUUGUUCGAUUAAGCUUAAAGAGAGUCAAAUGGCUCUGUCGUCAGCACUGGAGGAGAUUACGAAGCUCAAUGACGUAGUAAAGGAGAGGGAAGAAGAAAUACAUGUUUUGAAAAACAACAUUAGUGAUGUUUUAGAGCAAUCUAAGCCUUUGGCGGAAUUCAAUGAAACAUUGAAGAGCUUACGAAACCAAGAAACGAGUUAUAUAGAGUUGCAGGAUAAGUAUGACGAUGUCGUCCGAGAAAAUAGUGAAUUGUGGCAAAAGAUGGAAAAUAUGUCGAAACGUGACGAGAACAUUAAGAAUGACCUAAUGAAGAAAGAGCAAGAAAUCGAUGAUUUGCUUGCGACUAGAGAAGACUUGGACUCGCAAGUCGAGGAAAUUAAGAGCGAGAAGACUGCAGCUGAAAAGCGAAUUUGGGAGUUGCAAGCGAUCUUGGACAAUCAAACUAAAUACGUUGAAGAAAUGCAGUCGGAGCUGACGGGUGAAUACAAACAGAUGGAACGGCUGAAAGCCAAACAUGUGGAGGAUAUGGCGAUGUUAAAUCGUAGAUUAGAAGACGUUAUCGAGGAACUGAAUGUUAAGACGCAAGAGAACGAGGCUACGAAAACUGAAUUGGAACAGAAAGAGGAGAUGCUUGACAGGAACGUCACCGAAGAGGUGAAGAUUACAUUGGAGGGUAAGGUUGCCGAUCUGGAACAGAAGCUUACGGAAUCGGAAAAUAAGCUGCAAGUGCAGUCUGAAAAGAUGAAGAAAAUUGUGGCAACUUUCAACAAGAAGAAGGUAGCGUGUCAAGAACUUGAAGCACGUGUUGCCGAGUUGGAGGAGAAAUGGAUGACGGAGAAGGACGAAAAGGAGGUCAAGAAUAAGCAAGUACAGGAAGUGGAGAAUUCUAUGCGAGAGAAGGACAACAAAAUUGCCGAUCUAGAGGAAAAGUUAUUACAGGCGAAUAACGACACCGCGGAAGCUCUCGCAAGUUCCGAAAAGUUAGCAAAGGAGUCGAUCAGUCUUAAGGAGAAGAUGGCACUAUUAAUGGAACACAACAGAGAGAUGGGCGAGGAGAUCGAGAGGCAACGUAUAGAGAUGGAAAGCAUUUCCCUUGAAAUAACGAAUGAAAAAACAGCGAAGGAGGAGAUUCAUAAGGAAUACGAGCUUUAUAAGCAAAACACGAGCAAGGAGAACGAACAAAAGCAGAUGAUACUGGACGACGUGAAGGAAGAGGCGCGAGAGUUGAGCGUGCGUAUGCAAGUGAUGGAGGCCGAAUAUAUGGAGCAGCUCGCCACGAUAAAGAAUCUCCAAGCGGAAAACGGCCUCUUGUCCUCCAAACAAACGCAGAUUAACGAGAAAUUGGAAAAUGCUGAGAAGGAAUCGGAGGAACGUCGUGUACUAAUCGAGCAAUUACAAAAAGAGCUUAUGGCGACUAGGGCGAUAAGUAUCCAAGCUACAGACCAGAACAUGAGAGAGGAUGACACGCGAAUCGCCCAGCAUUGUGAGCAUUCCGAACAAUGUCAGAAUCUGGUGCAGGCAUUGGAGGCGCGUCUUCAAGAGCGUCAAGCGGAGAUUGAAAACCUGAAUAACGAAUUGGCCAAUUCUUAUGGUAAUAUUGUAUUACUUCAUGACGAGUCACUUAGGUACAAUGACAUGAUGAUGCAAACGGCUCAAGAGCGUUUCAAUCAAUCGCUCACGUGUCGAACAAAUGCAUUGCAACAAGAAAUUGAUUCGUUGAAAACAGAGAAAAAUAUAAGUGAACGGAAAGUGUCAGAAUUGGAGACCGAGUUAGAAGAAUAUAAACGUAAGAAUGCAGAAUGCAAAGCCGGAAUCUCCGAAACAGUCGAAAUUCCUAUUACCGAAAGCGAGCAGCAGCAGACGAAGCGAGACGAACCAUUGGAUACUAUGAAAACAAACCUUACCUCAGAUAUUAAUACUUUGGAUAGAAAGGAAAUAGAGCGAUUGCAAAGCUUACUGACCGAGAAAGAGAGUCAAUGCUCCGAGCAUUCCGUGAAAGAACGGAAUCUUUUACUUACGCGGAUAGAGGAAGGAAAAUUAAAUGUCCAAAAAUUACAAGAUCAGUUGAAAAAUUCGCAAGACGAACUGACAAGUAUAAAUCAUCUUCUUUCUGAAAAGGACGCGCAAGUGGACGCGUUAAAAAUGGAAUUGGACAAAGUGACUCUUCAGGUGAACGAAUUGAAAGCAUUGCAGGAACAAUAUCACAUUGCUGAAACAGAGUCAGAGAGUUUACGACAACUUGUAAUCGAGAAAAAUAUGCAGGUGGAUUCGUUGGUUGCAGAAUUGAAUGUCGUAAAGCAACAGAUAAAUGUGCAGUUGCAACAGCAUGCGAAUAUGGAGGCCGAGCUGCGCUCAGAAAUUUCGCUUAGAGACACUGAAAUCUCCGCGAAGGAGAUUGUAGAAGCAUCAACGACAGAACGAGAUCAGCAAAGGCGCAUUUUGGAAUCAUGCAAGUUACAAAUUGACAAUCUGGAAGCAGAAGCGAGAGACACUAACGACGCUGACUCGAUACAAGAGUGGCAACGGCGUGUCUCUGCGACUAUCACGGAGAGAGAUUUGUUGCAGCUGCAAGUGAACGAUUUAAUGCGAUCCUUGGAAGAACUGAGGGAAUCACUUACAGAUCAGCGUAAUCUACAGACCGAACUGGAGAGUGCUCUGCGAGAGAAAGAUCAGGCACAACUACUUAUCGCGAAUCUCACGCGAGCUUUAGAAGAUUCGCAAGAGAAUCUUGAUAAAUCGAGGGUAUCCGAAGACAGCUUGAAGAAACCUGCUAUCGAAGAAACAACUGUUCAACCGGUAUUAGAACAAGCGGCGGUUGUCGACGAACCUAUUGGCCAACAAGAAUAUUUGCAACCUACGAAAGCUCCUAUCGAGAAGGAACGAAAUAUUCACUUAGACAUUGGUUCGGGUUGGGACAACGAUGCGUCCGAGAAACUCAAUCUCGAUGAAGAACCUUGGGGUUGGAACGCAGAGGAUGUCCAAUUAAUUGGCGAUCAGCAUCUCGGUACGAUGACUUUGAACACCGAAGCACAGUUGCGUGUACAAGUGGAGGAUUUGCAAGACAGAAUUAAGGAUCUGGAAAGACAGAACGCUAAGGCUGCCGAAGAGAGCAAGGCGGCGCAGGUGAAGAGCGGCAAAUUGGUGAAGAAAUUGAAGGAGUAUAAGAUGCAGAUAGAGAGUUUGCAGCAACAGCUGAAAACACAAAAACAAGCCGACAACUUUUUCGAUCUCGAUACAACGAUUGAGGAGGAACUAAAGACGCGGAUUGCCAACUUAGAGAAAGCUCUUAACGAUAGUAACGAAGAGAAAAGAAGCAUUAUUGUUGAGAAGGAAGCGCUAGUGAAACGGCUUGACGUAAUAAUGUCGGCUAACGAGAGAUACAUGGAGAUGAAAGAGAGACAGGACAUGGAAAUUGAAUCACUGCGUAUUCAUAAUAAGCAUCUGGGUAAUCAAGUGCAAUCCGUACAAUGGGAAUUACAGGAGAUUGAAGCUCGUAAAAAUAUUUCUUCAUUGCAUAAAGAUCAGAUGGAUCCUCCGACAAGCCAUGAAGUAGUACAAUCCACUGAUGAUGUUGAAGCAACAUCAAAGAAAUACAAGGAAGAAAUAGAUGACUUGAAAGACGAGUUGGAAGCACUCGCGGCCGAUAACGAGCAGUUACAGCAAUUUUUAGAACAACAGAAAACAAUGAUAUCAAAUUUGGAAUCGAAGAGCUGCGAUAACACUGACGAGCUUAUGGAGAAAUUGAAUACCUUGAAUAAUCAAAAUGAGCAGCUUCAAAGUGCUUUAAACAAAAGCAAGGAGGAUUAUGACGCGCUCAGGAAACAGUAUGAACAAAGUCUGAUAGAUGCAAAUGAUCAAGUAGUAGCGAUGCGGCAAAACGGCGACCUCCUCAAGAUUGAAUUCACGGAAAAAGUAAAGAAAUUCGAAUCAGAGAUAGACAAUCUGCAGAGGGCUCUGGAAGAGAAGGAUGUCUUGCAAGGAAAACUCAACGCUCUGAUGAAUUCGGAGGAGAACGUUAACGCAUCUUUAACGGUAGUCACGGAGUUGCUUAACGCUAGAGUGCAGGAAGUCGCUGAUUUGAAGCAAGAACUUCAAGUUCAGUAUGUGGAGAGGCAACAGGCUGAAGCGGUGCUACAAUCAGAGAUGCAAGAUUUAGCGAAGGAAUUGGAGAAGAGGAAACAAGAAUUAGGCGCUUUGAGACGAGCGUUUAGCGAUAAGGAGCACGAGUUGGUACAACAAACGAGUGUCGAGACGGUAAACGCAAUCAUCAGUGAAGCUACUCAGGAAUUAGUUCAAAAGCACGCGAUAGAGAUUGAAGAAAAGGACAAAGAGUUACGCGUUUCGACGGAAAAGCUGAUGGCACUGCAGUCAACGAUCGAUGAGUAUACUUGGAAACUGCGGGAUAGCACGAGCAAAUUAGAGAUGCAACAACAGCAAAUCACAUAUCUGAAAGAGGAUCUAAUUGAACGAAAUUCGAUAAUAGAAGCUAUUCAAGCGGAUGUAAAAUCGAUGAAUGAAAAAUUACGAAAACAGCAGCAAGAGUUAAUACAGUACGACGAAGAGAAGAUGAGACUUACGGCAGAAGUGGGGACACAGUUAGCGGAUAUCCAGCGUCUGCAAAGUCGAUUGAAUACCACGCAGGCGUCCACGGAAGUCGAUCUGAAAGAGUGUAACUCGCGUAUACGUAACUUGGAAGAAGAAAUGCAAGCUUCAAAAUCGGAGAAGGAAUCGAUUUUGACGCAGUACGAUCAAGAGACGAAGACGUAUCAGGCCCAUCUGGAAAACUACAGAGAACAGAUGGAUGUUUUGGAGCACGGUCUGCGAGAGAAAACUGAGCAGUUGCACUAUGUAAGCACGCAACUGUGCGCCAAGGAGAAAGACUUGGAAGGAAUCAGAGCCAAGUUGAACGAUAAAGAUUCCAUGUUGGAAAUUAUGAAUCAAGAACUGAACGAGAAACGAUUCGAAUUGGAAAGAUUGCGCAACGAACAAUCGCCGCAGACAAUUAACGAUCCUUUCGCGUUUAGGACAAGUAACGAGGAUGAUGCGAAGCUGCAAACUACCGUAGAUGAACUGAGGGCACAGAUGGAAGCCAAACAGCAAGAACUCGAGCAUUUGAAGUACGUUUUAAACGAGAAUACAUAUCCUACGAUUAUUCAACAGAUGCAAGACAGGAUCAAUUGCCUGUACAAUGAAAAAGCUACGUUGGAAGCUUCGUUGCGUGCGACUACGCAAACCUUGACGGAAAAGCAGGAGCAAGUGAAUCUUUUGACGCCGCGCAUUAAUGUGCAGCAUCAGGAACACGAGAUUUCCAGGGAAGAAGCCGCCAGUUCACUCUCCAGAGAACGAAGAUCCGUACGCGAUCAAGAGGAGAUUGUUAGGUUGCAGAACGAGUUGCAUGUAAAGGAACAAGAGAUCAACGAAUUGAGAUACGUUAUAGCGGAGAAAGAUUCGCAGUUGUGUCUUCAGGCCAGCAUGGAACCACAAUCGGACGAUUUUGAACUGCGCGAGAACGUGCAGAGAUUGACGGGAGAGUUGUAUGGUAAAGAGCAGGAAGUGCAGGCAUUGAAAUCGAGUAUCGCAGAACUGCAAGAAGAGGUCUUGCGUUUGCAAAAUUUCGAGAGACUCUCGGAGGAAAGUAGGAACGCCAUUGAGAGGCUAACUUCGGAAAAGGAGCAAAUUCGCGUCGAAGCCGAACAAUUCUUAAGCAGGGAGUUGCAAAGGAAGGAAUCGGAGAUUGAUGAGAUAAAGCAGAGAUUGUCGAAAGAAAACCAGAAGUUGUUGGCAGAGCUUCAAUUGAAGAACAACGAUAUCGAGAAUUUGAAGAUUCGGUUGGAGCAAUUGCGUACUAUCGCGGACGAACGCGGCAAUAAGUUGCAGCAGAAAGAGAACGAACUGAUGCAUACGAUCGAUGAUCUGGCGGAGAAAGAGAGAAGACUGGCUGAGCUGAGCAUCACCAAAGACACCGAACUACAUCAUUUGAAGAUGCAAGUUCGCGAGAAGGACGCGCGUAUAGAAGAAAUCGUUGCAUUGUCCGCGGAAGAGGAGAAACAAUUGGACGAGUUGAGAGAAACUCUGGCAGCCACCGAGACGGAGAUGAACAGGUCGAAGGAGUUACUGGAACAAAAGGUAUCGGAGUACGAGUUGAUACAGCACGCUCUGAAGAAAGACGUACCCGUACCCGUCGUUGAAGAUGCGGCGUCGAAAAUGUCAGAAACCGUUCAAAUGGCCGAAAACAAGGAGGUUGCUUCCAGCGAGUUGGAUAUCGCGUUAUAUAUGCUUCAUCAGAGAGACGUCAGGUGCGAGGAGCUCACGCACGAACUGAUGCAGUUGCUCGAGGAACGCGAUACGUUACAAUUGCGUUUGUCUAAUGCAAUUCGAAUAAACGAAGAACUCAGAAGAGCGAAUAGCGCCGAAACGAGCCCGACAAAGGAUUCACCGUCGAUUUCGCAAGCAAUGAUUGAACCAGUCGUGGAACAACCAUCGCCUUCGAGAUCCGAGGGACCAGUCGAAAUAGCAAAAGAGGCUAUCGAUGCUCCGAUCGAGGACAAGGAAGCUCUUGCUCUGAAGUUGUCGCAGUUGCAUUCGGUCAGUCACACGAAGGACGUACGUUUAAAGGACGAGCGGGAGUUAAGGCAUACGCAACAAAUGUCCUUAUUAGCACACAGAGACGUUUUAAGCACAUUGCCGCCUGAAGCAGCCGCGAGGCUUGUCAACGCUAAUUACACUCUCUCUCGAGACGUCCAGAGCCAAUCGAGCGUCCUUUUAAAUUGGUUGUGGGGCAAGAGCACGCCGAAGGUGGUGCACAUGUGAUGAACGAAUAGCGGGAGUGAAACGGCCCUUGUUUUUUGUCCCUGAAGACAUUCCUGCCAAGUGCCAACUGCCAAGACUUAUUCCUGCAGUUAACUAGUGAGUCGGAGCAGCCUGUGUAUUUUUCGAACAGGAGAACUCGUUUGAUUACACACUAACAAUUCUAUGGAGUUAUUUCAUUAGAACGUUAUCCGACGAAAGAGAGCGGAGAAAAAUAUUUUUCGAAUCGCAUGUACAGAACGUAGGUAGUGUUCUUUCUCGAGAAAAUUGCUCCUCUUCGAGGAAGAAGAGAAUAUAAAGGAGCAAAUUUACGUGUAUUAUAAUAUUGUACAGUUAAUGUGCGAUAGAACCUAAAAUGUUGCCUUAGAUAAUAUGUCUUGCUCUUUUUUUUUCUUUUUAUUCAGUGACUAAAUUAUUCAUAGCAGUGCAGCAUGUGCAAUGUGACGUAUGCAUUGAAACCAUGUUCAAGUAUCGCAUUGCCGAAUAUGCGCACGUCUGUCAAAAAGUUGCCAUUAUGUUUCAGUUCUAUCAGUCCUAUUUAUGUUCUUGUGUGGACUCUGUAAAUUAAUCUACGAUUCGUUUCCGGCUUGUUGACGCAAUUUUAAUAUUGUUAUAAUAAUUAAUCAUACAUCGAAAGCAAACUGCGGAAGACGAAUCGUAGAUGAUUCAAAUUUGUAAUUUGUAAAUUGGUAAUUUGUGAUCGUAAAUUAUUUAGUUAUAUAUUAUUAUUAUUCAAUUGCUCUAUUUCCAUAAAAUUUUGUACAGAAAAAGAGAAGUGUCAAUACAUAAGUGAUGUCAGUAU